UCCUAUUGGCUAGCGGGCCCUGUGGGCGAAAUUGAAAUAAACGUUUGAACCUCUCUGUCGCUGCCUCAAUGGAAGUUGUUUUUUAGCUGUGUGUUCACAGUCCUGGCUCAUCAACAAUUCUAAGAUGGGGGACCAUGUUGAGCUACAGAUCACCCCAGAGACUCCGGGCAGGCCUUACAUAAGAAACCCCUUUGAGAGUCCUAAUGACUACCACCACCUCCGUGAACCCUUGGUGCCAAGUCCGUCUGUCUUCAAGUCCAAGUCUUGUAAAGCUACUCCACCCAAGUUUAACUGGUCUAUUGAUGAAAUGGCCAGUCUUCUACCUGUGCACAUAGACCCAGAGGAAAUCCAGCGACAGUCUUUUUACCUCAGCCAGACAAGGAUGGAUUCUGACAUUGAGGAGAAGCGUCAGAAUGCUAUUGAGCAGUUUUUCACCAAAGGAGCCAUCGUGCCAUCCCCCUGGGCAGCACCAAACGCUCGUAAAGCCCCUCAGAUGUGUAAGAAAAGUUCUGUGUCUCCAAUGAUUGCAGAAGAGCCAGAAAAAAUCACAGUUGCUUGUCAGACAACCCUUUCGUUACCUUUGGCUUUUGAUUUGGAGAAAGUACUAGGCGAAUAUUACCGCUACGAGGAACCAUGCGAUGCUGUGCAGGAGAGUCUUAGUUCCUCCUCUUUACGACGAAAACUCUUCCUCGAUGGCCAGGGCAGUUACAGUGGCUCUGACAGUUCCAGCCCUCCGAGCCCGGAGAGAAGCCAUGUCAGGCAGGAGAAGCUUUCUCUAACCCGGGGACAGGAAGCUGUAUGUGGGGUUGAAGGUUCUGAGGGAGAAGCCAGAUCAUCUGUCUUUUCCUCCCCUUUGUCCUGUGGUGUGUCAGCGCCAACUCCCUCUACGGGUCAGUUCUCAUCCAGUCCCAUCCAGCAUGGCCGCUUCCGUGACUGCAGCCUCGGCAGCAUCAACAGUCCUCUUUUCCCUGAUAGGUCGUCUCCUGCAGGACUGGUCUCCCCCACAAUUUCUCCUAUUGUUGCACAUACAACACGCACGCCCACAGGCUCAGCUGAGAGGAAGCAGCCGAGCAAUUUGACUCCACACGGUGUUCCCCUGGUUGUGGAUGUUACUUCUUGCAACGAGAGUCCAUUUGUUGAAGGUUGCUCUCCCAUCCGCAGCUGCUCCCCACACCAGCUCCAUUGCCACAGUGAGCCCCAGCACAAUUCCAGACCCAAGCCCAGGCCCAGAGUCCGCUGCUGGGCCUCCCCUCCCCUCAUCUCCCCCAUCCUCAACCCUAGGGUCCAAGACCAUCAGGAGGUGGAGGACCAACUCCCCUCCUCCUCCUCCUCUUCCUCUCUCCCCUCUAUGGAGCUAGACCCAUUGUCACCCCUGGUCCGGAACAAUGCUCACUCCACUGACACUGAGAGAGUUAGCCUGGAUGUUAUGGAACCUGUGAAAAUGGAGGAGGACAAGGAGACUGGAAUAGAAGGGAGACUGGAGGAAGAGGAAGAGGAGGAAGCUGGGGGGCUUUCGGGACAGCUGACCAGCUCUCGUAUGGGCAAUGUGUCGGGAACGGAAAGCUCUCAGAUGUUUGUAUCUCUUCUGGCAGAGGGAAGCAGCAUACGCUACGAUUCCAGCAUGCAGGUGGACAGUGGGUACAACACUACCUCAGCAGGCACCGUCAGUCUUAUUGAUGGCCUCAGCUCAGAUAGUCACAGCAAAGAGUCCUUCAGUUCAAACCUGGCAGAGGAAGCCCUCCAACUCACUAGACACACUAAAGUAAAGGUAUUUUAUCCUCACCACUGAGCGAAGGGACGCCUGCUCCAGUGGAAGCUUGCAAUGAUGAUUUUGCAGUCAAAUACAACGUUUACAAUAUGAUUGAAGCAUUAAUGUUGAAUUAAUUUGGUUAGGGUGAAUGGUGCCAACUGUUAUAUGAACAAUGAACAGAGGUGAAGGGUUUCGUAAGUGGUUAUUUGUUCUUUUAAGGUUUAAAGUUCAAGUUGCAGGACUAAAAGAAAAUGCUUUACCACAGUAUGUUUUAUCACGGUUUAGAAGGGAGAAACCCAUCUUAGUCCCACUGCAAGACACUUGAAACUCUAUAAUUCUAAACAAAAUCCAGUGUACUGGUCUGGUUAAAGGGGAAGAAAAAAGUCAAUUCUGUAUAAAACUUGCACAACAGUAACCUCCUUGAAUGCUGUAUUGAUGCUAAUGCCAUCAUUUCAUUCAUUUUAUUUGGUGCUGACGUGAUUGACUUUCAGAUGACAUCAGAUUUGUAGCUGUAUUUAUGUUUUUAUAAAACUUUAUCAUGAUGUUUUUAUAUCACAAGAGCUUUUUUUUCCCUUUCACUGAAUGAGUAAGAAUUGUUAAAUUUCAGGUUACUUGUGGAUCUUAUUUGGAUCGUUAGAAUAUUUAUUCCAACGUAACACGCACUGAAUAAUGCUACUUGUUUAUCAAAAGCUGAUUGAGCCAUUUGUUUACCAUUUUUCAAUAUUUUAAACAUGGGCUGGAUCGUUGCCACAUUAAAUUGACUUGAAUUCUU